AUUUUGUUUAAAAUAGAAUUUUAAUAAUUUGUAAUACCGGUUUGAAUAAAUUGGCUUCUAACAUGUGUCACGAACAUUAGUUCCGGGUUGUUUCAGCCCGAUUGCUUUUGGCGUUACACCGCCAUGUCUGUGACCGCUGAAUUAAAACAAGCAGUUAUGCCUUUAAAUUAAACCCAUCUGAUGCCUCACUGACAGUGCAGGGCUGGGGUUGUUAUUUUUACAAUGGCUCGGGUUGUUAAAGUGUUUCGGACUUUGAGAAAUCACUGGAAGAAAUCCACGUUUGCUGUGUGCGUCUUGUCCUAUGGGGGGUACUGGCUGUAUGGUAAACACUGUGACAGCGUGGUGCGCAGAGAGGCCUGUCUUAUAGCCAGGGAGUUUGGACGCCAGCAGAUAGCGCCUCAGGAGCGACUACAGAAAGCAACUGUUAUUCUGAACCCUGCAGCUUGUAAAGGGAAAGCCAACAACUUAUUUGAGAAGAAUGCCGCUCCAAUUCUACAUCUGGCCGGUGUGGAAAUUACUAUAGUAAAGACAGACUAUGAGGGUCAGGCUAAAAAACUGAUGGAGUUUAUGGAACAGACAGACAUGCUGAUUGUGGCUGGAGGAGACGGCACGUUGCAGGAGGUCAUCACGGGUUUACUGCGCAGGCCGGACCAGGACGUCUUCAGCAGUACACCAAUUGGAUUCAUUCCUUUGGGUUCCCAUAAUUCUCUGAGUCAAUCUCUUCAUUUCCUCAGUGACAAUAAAGUCAAAGACAUUACAGCAGCGACGCUGUCCAUUCUGAAAGGGGAGACGGUACCUGUGGAUGUGCUUCAAAUCCAAGGAGAGAAGGAGCAGCCGGUCUUUGCUCUGAUUGGACUACGUUGGGGGGCUUUUAGAGAUGUGGCUGCAAAGAUCAGCAAAUAUUGGUACCUUGGACCACUGAAGACAAACGCAGCUCAUUGGUUUCACACCCUGAGGGAGUGGCCUCUGGUCCAGGACGUCUCGGUUUCUUUCUUGGCUCCCACACUUCGGCCCCCGGAUCUGGCACCUCAGAAGCCCCCCAGGCCUAACCUACUGUACCGCAUCAUCCGCAGACUUAAGAACUACUGGAACCCUCCAAUUGAAGAGCCUCCAAAAUCAGAGGAGCCAGAGAAGUGGGAGGAGCAACAUCUGUCUACAUCAGAGCUUUAUAUUCAGACCCACAACAAAAACCCAGUAGAGAGGCGGAUGAAUGACUCCUUGAUGAUCUGUGCUGAGCCAGAGAACCUCACCGUGGGCGAGUUCAUCUCCAUGGGGAAUAAAAAAGUGAAGGAUCCAACGCUUUUCACUGAGAACUCUACAAAACUGGAAGCCAGUGCUUGCCAGCUUAAGCUGCCAGAGGGCAACGCCGGCUUCUAUAAUAUUGACAAUGAGGAGUAUGAAGCGAUGCCCGUAGAGAUACGGCUGUUGCCACGGAAACUACGCUUCUUCAUCAGUGCGGAGCGCAGAGAGCAGCUCGUCUCACAGCCGCAGUGAUACAAAGCGUCAAGAAAGAAGACGUGGAAAAACAAGGAGCCAUUUUCAGGAUGGAUUUUCUAUUCGUCUGAAUCGUUAAAUGACUUCAACAAGCUGGAGAUUAUUAAACGUUAAUCAGGCUUUUUUUAUUCUUUAGAUCUGUUUUAACCUGCUUACAUGUUACAUAAAAAUAUGUUGUUGCUAAAAGGACCACAAUUUUUCUGUGUGAAACUAAAUAUAUUGCUUAUAAUUUACAGAAAUUUACUGAUAGGUUUACAGUAGUAGUCUAGACUGAAGGUUGAUCAAUAGAAUUCUCCUCUGUCCAAUUCUAUGCAUGUACGGAUGAAUGGUUUCAGCUAUUAUCUGAUUAAAUAAAAAAAGUGCAGGAAAGCAGCUAAGUUAAAGCUUUUUCUCAAGCGGUUUGGAAAAGAGGAGGGAGCGAGUUGGGCUAAAAGAAAAGGGGAGAGAGAAGAAGGAACUUGGAUGAGGAGGAGCUGCUUGGCAAGACCGGCCCUGAUCUGACAGAUGGUGCAGGAUUAGGACGCCGACUGCGCUGCAGGUCUCCAUUUAUUGAUCUCUUUAGGAAAACACAAAUUGAUGCUUAAAUCCUAAAAUAAUUUAAUUCCUAAUGUCUGAGUUUACAGCCUCGUAUCAUUAACACUUUUUUAACAACCAUGAGUAAUUCAUGUAUUCAGCACUUUGACCCAUUUUAUUCAGGAGGGAUCGUGGAGGGAUCCAGGUGAGCAGGAUUCCCCUCCAUCACUUAUGUAUUGGCAGUAUUAUGCUGUUGGGUUGUGUGACUUUGUUUUUUUUUUAUUGAGCAUCAGUGGUACAUUCUGUAAUUUCCAUACAAGAGGCAUGAUACUCAUAUAUAUAUUUUAGCCCCCCCAUCCAAGAACCGUUUGGACACCAAUCUAGCAGGA